AUGAUUGCAGCGGUGUCCAUUGUAGGCGGAGAGUCAAUGGACCGGGAGCUUAUGGACCCCAGCUUUGACACGAAAACAGAAAACAUAACCGCCAUUGCUGGUGAGACAGCGGAGCUCCGUUGUAUAGCCGAAAACAAGAGAGGAUAUGGUCUGAUAUGGUUAAACCCGCGAAAAACGCUGAUCAGUAAAGACGAGAGCCGCUACAUCGACGACUCGCGCAUCAGCGUGGAGCGCCCGAACAUCCGGUACUGGAACAUCAUAAUCCGCGAGGUGCGCUUCAACGAUAGCGGCGAGUACAUGUGCCAGAUCAACACCAAGCCGGUCCUCAUCAAGAGAAUAAACCUGUUCGUAAGAGUUGCACCGGAGAUUAUAGAUUAUGGGGAGACAAAUUUUGUUUUGCCGGAAGGGGAGACGGUUGAUCUUACGUGCAACGCCACGGGCGUCCCGAUUCCGGUGGUCACCUGGUACAAACAAUUCAAGCCAAUAAAAGACUACACAGACGGUUAUUUUGCAGUUCCGCCAGAAGUGAGCCUUACGAACAAGCGUCUUGGUCAGUCGGUGGGUCGGGAGACUCUCUUAGAGUGUCGGGUUGCGGCCUCCCCACACGCCAACAUCUACUGGACACGCGAACGUCAGGAUCUGCCGCUACACAAAACCAACAAAUACGUUACCAACGUUUAUAAUGACGGCGAGCACGAAAAGACUCUGUCUCUAAAUAUAAUAGAUAUAACUAAGGAGGAUUUUGGAUCCUACACUUGUCACGCGUCCAACAGGCUCGGUCAGGAUAGUGAGACUAUGUUUUUAUAUGAAAAUAUCAAAGUGACUGAACCUACUGUGACCACGCCUCCUUAUAGGACCCAUCAGCCUGUCCGACCGGUCAGUCCCCCUCGUGACAGCAGCUUUGUGAACACCCCUCACUACCAUUCUGGGAACGAUCAGCCUGGUCAAUAUAGCGAAAGCGUGUACUACAACUACAAUUCCAAGAACUCUUCACCAGAACAACUGGUUGCGCAUGCGCGUAUGCUUAUGGGAAUGCUACUGAUAUGGAUUUUAAAACAAAUUCAAACCUUACAAAACCAUUUCUUCGAAAUAAAAUAGUCUUUUAAGAUGCUUUACAAUGUGUAUGAAUACAGUAGGAUAUUAUGAUAAUAUCGGCAAUGUACCAACUUUACUUAUACUACAACAUGAGGUUUGUUAAAAUUCAAUAUUACUGACAAAAAAUAAGCGAACUCUAAAUACACGGACACCAAAACCGUAACAUAAAUUAUCCACAAACACGUAAAUGAUGCACAAAGGCUUUGAGAGAAACCAAAAUAUGUGUAUGUAUACUGCCAAUAUUCGCAGAAAAAUGCAGCAGUGGUCCGAUAGUGUUAAACUAUUGUACACAUCAAGCAAUCGAUUUCGAAGUCACUGUUUUAUCUUACUAUGGUCUUAGUCCAACUUCGAACAAUAGCACUACAAAAAAUGAUUAACAAAAGAUAACAUAUUUAAAAUUUCAUGACGUAUUGUACAACAAGAAUGCCGUAGUUUGUAGAAGAUAAAUGGAUCAAAUGGGCCAAUCGGUAGUCUAACGUUUUUACCGAUAUUAGUAACUAUCACAACCCAAAAAAUUACGAGGAUGGUCGGGGGUUGAACUUAAGUGUUGUUGUCAUGACGGCACAUCAUUGGGUGUAUGAUUUAACCAGUCUGUCUUCUGCGAGUUUCAGAGAGACAAACGCGCAUUAUGUGUAAUAUCUGCAAAUUCAGUAUUAUAUAUUAAACAUUUGAAGUAUAUGUAAUAAGCAAGAUGUUGAAUAUUAGGUCUUCGAAUUAGUAUGUCUGGUAAUCAUUUUAAUUGUGUGUACAUAUUAAUCAUCAUAGUAUCUUUAUAUCGUUUUCUUUCAUCAUGCAUUAUUGUCUUUGAUUUCAAUAAUAACAGCAAUGUAAGUUGUGUUAACAUAAUUUUUAUUAUAUGCGUAUCCUUGUUACGUGUCUAAAUUUAUUUACUACAUUCGUACACUUUCUUUGCCUUUAGCUCAACAUAUCACUCUAUAGUCAUUUAAUAAAAAAGGAUUUACUUUGUGUGAUUGCUCUCAACUCCGUAAUAUCACUUCAGAAAACACAGGCUACAAGCGCGGGGUUGAAUAUAAUUGAGCCGCGUUCGAAGUCCGCACAGGCUAAUCAGGGACGAUACUUUACGCUUUUAUGACAUUUUUCGUUAAAAUAAAGUCUCUUCAUAGCAAAAUUCCAACUUUUGCGUAAAUUGUCGUGCCUGAUUAGCCUGUGCGGACUGCACAGGCUUAUCUUGGAGGACACUUUACGCACAUGCAUUAAGCCCAGUUUUCUCAGAACGCGGCUCAAAUAUUGUGUUGAGUGAAACUAUUUUUGCGAUCGCUCCGACUACUUUAGUUUAUAUUUAAAGGAAGCAUGUUUUUUAUGUAUUUGUUAUUCAUUAUAAUGCGUAUUUUCUCAUGUGUUAAUGUGUACAAAAUUGGUGUUAAAUUGCUUGAAUAUAUUGGUUUGCAAUUAGUAAAUUCAAAUACAAAGCAAUCUCGUUAGCAUAUUUUAAUUAAUAAUGAUAACUGCGUUACCAUUGUAAUCAACAUAAUAUUACACUAUUGUCUAUGAUCAUUUAAAAAAAUUGUUUACGACGAAGUUGUGAAACAUACCCGUACGCAUUGCAGUGUUGUGUAUGAAAAAAUGAUUUAUGUGUUUUAUUUAACAUGCACGUUGUAAUACUUGUUUCAAUAUAAAUAACUAUUAUUUAAUGUAUAGCUUCUACAAUCUUAUAUAAAUACAUGAUCUUAGAUUUUAAGUAAACCGUCUAUGUAUCAUUAAUAGUCAUUUUAUUCCUCUUAUUUUUUGUAAUUAG